AUGAGCUCGUGUGGACCAUGCAGGCCCGUCUCUCUGCUACCUGCCCACGACUAUGUCCCACUUCUCACUCUUCAAACCCAAGCAUUGGCCGCAGAGCUGCGAGAUCUAUUCUUUGAGACGAUUCAGUUCAACUCUAGAACUGCCGUCGAGAUCUUUGUUGAUGCUCUCGACGAGUGCAAGGAAGAGGAGGUUCGCACCAUCAUCGCUGCCUUUGAAAGAUGUGCAGCCGAAAGCAUGGCUAAGGGGUCUCGAAAUCUCAAGAUCUGUUGGUCUAGCCGACACUAUCCUCACAUCAGCAUCAUCAACGGAUUCGAGAUCAGAGUCGAAAAGGAGAAUCUUGGAGAUAUAUCCCUCUAUGUCCACCAUCACAUGGCCAGAUCAGAACGCCAACAAUCAUUCCAGACUUUGGAAAAAGGGAUUGUUGAAAAGUCCAACGGCGUGUUCCUUUGGGCAGUCCUCGUCGUCCACAGAAUAUGUAAACUUGCCGACAAAGGUCUUCCCGUUGCCCGAAUCGAGAAAGUCAUCCACGAACUGCCAUCAGAGCUGAGCAAGCUCUAUUCCGAGAUCUUCUCGACACUCGACCCAGAGUUGGCAGAAGAUAGUGCCAACCUGAUGUACCUUGUAUUGUACGCAGGCCGACCCCUUGAUACCGAUGAGCUUCGGAUCGGACUCGAGUUUAUGAGAAGUACCUAUCCUUCUUCACUAGAAGGCUUUGCAAAUUUGUCAGAGCAGGUGUCUUACUUUGGGAACUUUGUUACUGGACUUUCUGGAGGACUUCUUGAGGUAAUCGACUCUGGCGUUCCUGUAGGGCCCCAAGGUCCUGAUCUGGAGGAGUCAUUCAGAGUCAAGGACUUCCCGUUUAGAAGGCAAUCGGGGUCUCGAUCCGAUUCUCGAGAGCGAUGGCAUAGCGCCAUGGCGCAAGUGAAUUCGAAGCGCCCAAUAGCUGACAGACAGAAUAUGUCCCCCGAUGUGGAAACGAGAUGCAUCGUCCAGGUAAUCCACGAAACAGUCCAGGACUACUUGAUGAAAGACGGCUUGUGUCAUCUCCCCGGAAGAUCCUCGCCUGUGCCAAUGGAUUUUCGUGCAGGCUACCUUCAUCUCUAUCAAAUGUGCAGUCGUCUAAUGGCGACCGAUGAGUUGAGCUGUGUUCUUUCGGGAUCGCAAUGCACGUCGUUACUUGGCUCGACUCCAGCUCUUGUCAAGUUAGGUUGGCGAUGGUUGGGCACAACGAUCGUCCACUACGUGAUGGCAUAUGCUUUCUUGCACUUGAGUAACUCCCAAUUCUUCGACGCGGCUGAUCAGUGUGGACCUCAAUGGGCCGUUCUCCGCCCAAUUCUUCAACGGAACAUGCAUCCAGCCGCGAUCAGGGAGACCAUCUUCCGAUGGGAAUGUAUUCGAGCGUACGACAUGGCGGACAGCCGGAGUAAGCUCCCAUUGAAAUUUUCAGAUUACUUCGAGACCAUUGAUAGAGACUUGUACCCUAUUCUAGAGGCAACGAGUCUCAGGUUGGCAGAUUUCGAAUUCUGCGUCGCCCUGGGGCAUGUGGCUCUCCUGGCCCUUCACCGGCACGGAUACGCUUUUACGUGGAAAAGCCUGGUUGAGGUUAUCUGCGCAGCAGCACAUCAUGGGACUGUGGAGGAACUGGGUGUCCUCUUGCGAACCUCCAACAACAAGCAUUUAGGCUGGGAUGGAGGGAUACGGCCACUCUUGAUGGCAAUCCAAUCACGCCGAGUGACGGCUGUGGAGAUGUUACUGACCAAUGGCGCCGUCGUCAACACCUCCAGCAAAGCGAAAGGGACCCCUCUGUUUCUGGCUAUCGAGUCUGGUGAUAUCUCGAUAGUUCUCACGCUGCUCAAACACGGUGCCAGCGUAACUCGGUCGACUGACGGCAAAUCACCACUAAGCCUCGCCGCCUCCCUCGGGUACAAGGAUAUGGUAAACCUUCUACUAGAGUAUGGUAGGGAGGAGCUGAGGAAGCCUUACAUCUUGGAAAGGGCAUCUCGCGCAGCGAUGAAGCAAGGCCACCGAGAGAUUGCUUUGAUGCUCGCAGAAAAAGCACGUUCUUUCGACUCAUCCAAAGAGAGCCCGCCACCAGGAGACCCGCCACCACCGGGAGAUCACCGAAGCAUACAAAAAUUGGCCCUGUCUAGCGACACUGAUUCAAUCACAGAAGGCGAUUUCUUUAUUCCCGUCUCUCCAGUUCCAGGCGAGACGACGAUUAAUGGUGAUGGGUAG